UUACACCAUACCGCCCUAGUUACUGAUACAGUUCCCUACAAACGUAAACAUAACGUUCAGUUACCAUCCGUGUUAUUAGUGUGUGUCUUGAGUGUGUUUUUGGGGGGUGGUGGUGUGUGUGUGUGUGUGUGCAGAUUGUAUAAUGGCGGCGUCCAUAGCAGCUCUGCCUGCACCUCACAGUGUCAACAACAAUGGUGGUAGUGUCAUCACUAGCAACAAUAUGAGUGAAAAGGCACCGCAGGAACAUUGUAGCGGUAGCGAUACGGAGACGAUGAGCAUCUCUUUGCAACUGGAUGAUACUGCAAAUAACGAAUCGACUGGUAGCAAUAGUGGCAUCGUCAAGUCAGCCUCCAUUGAGUCUCAACCAAUCAUCACGAUUAGCGGCAGUUUUACUGACGGCAACUCGCACAUGGUGCAGGCCGGACUGGCUCCGCCCUAUGCCCAGUACGGACAGGGCGGAGGUGAUGCAGCCGCUUUGGCCCAAGCGGCUGCCCAAGCGGCCGCUCAGGCAGCGGCGCAAGCAGCCGGUGUUGCCGUCCCGACCAGCGGACCCAACACGGUCGGCGUCGGAGGUGGACCCAAUGGCGGCGGCCUCAAAUUGGAGAAGGACGGCGACGCCAACGGUGCCGGAUCUAUGGCCAUGACCAUGGCCUCGACCAGCUCCUCCAACACUUCGACGUCCACCAGCUGCGUCCUAUCGUCGGGCUCGGUGGGAGUGCCGUCGCUCGGCUCCCAGGCCGCCGUCGCCGCUGCCCUCGACAGCCUGUCCGGUGGCUCGGCCCUCGGUCUAGGAGGCAUCGAUCAAUCUUCGCUCGCCGCGGAAUUGAAUGCGGCGUUUGGAUUGAACUUGUCUCAUCAGCUGGGAGCUAGUCAACAACAGCAGCAGCAGCAACAACAACAACAGCAACAACAAGACGCGAUGGCAGGUAAUGAUGUCGGUGGCGAUCCUAGCGGUUGCGUGGCAGCCGCAGCGGCUGCGGCCCAAGCUGUGGCCGCCGCCACCAACACGGGCUGCUCGGUGUCAUCGAGCAACACGACACCCACAUCGGGAAUGAUCACCACCAUCGAUCUGUCGUCGGCCUCAUCGUCAGUCGGCCUAGUAGGGCCCGGAGGCUCCGUCGUUGUUCAGACCAGCGGUGCCGGAAGCGUCGCCGGCGGAUCAUCGUCGCCCAAGGAGAUGCCCAAACGGCUCCAUGUCUCCAACAUCCCGUUCCGCUUCAGGGAUCCGGAUCUCAGAGCCAUGUUCGGGCAAUUUGGGCCCAUUUUGGACGUGGAAAUCAUCUUUAACGAGCGCGGAUCCAAGGGGUUCGGUUUUGUAACGUUCGCAAGUAGUGCUGAUGCGGACCGCGCACGAGAGAAGCUUCAUGGCACCGUGGUUGAGGGACGCAAAAUUGAGGUCAAUAAUGCCACCGCUCGAGUACAAACUAAAAAGCCCGCCACUCUUCCCACCGAUGAGCAAGAAUUCAAGUCAUCCCAAUUCCAUUUAGGAUUGGAAGCCGCCGCCGCUUUGCGAGGCGUCGCUCUACAGCGCGGAAGAGUGCGGGCAGCUGCGGCCGCAUCCGCUUACCCGGCCGCUGCCGCAGCUGCAGCCGCAGCAGCUCUGGCUCGACCUCAACUCACUGCCGCUUCUCUCCAGGGUGCGUACUACGAUAACCUGAUGGCGCAGGUUCAAGCGCAAGCGCAAGCCCAGGCCACCGACGCCUACAGACUUCAGCAGCAACUGGCAGCAGCAGCCGCCGCGGCCGCCGCUACUCAGCGACCGCCCACUCUCUCGCCGCUUGCAUCCGUACUGUCACGCAACUCCCAGUCCACAACGUCGCAACAAAUUCAGGCGGGUUAUCUGAGCCAGGCGGCAGCUGCGGCCAAUUACACGGCAGCGGCCAAUGCGGCGGCACGAGCUUACGGCGCAGCAGCAGCCGCCCAACCUUCCACCAUGGCCGCCUACGCUGCCGUCCCCGCUAGUUACGGAGCUGAUCCUUAUUUGGGGCACAGCAUCGGUCCGAUGCCCACGUACGGAAUUAGUAACACUGCCGAGUUGCAAUCCGUCAAUAAAUUGGCCGCCAUGUACCGAAGUAGUUACAAUAGAUUCACACCGUAUUAAGACAAACUCUUCUUAUGGAAAGCAAACGAUGUGGGGGAAGAGAAAAUCACAAAAAAAAAAACGAGCCGGCCGACAUUAAAAUUGGCCCGUGGAUUUAAUGGUGCGUGAGUGGCUGUGACCAGUAGUCGUUUAUUUCUUCCGUUCGGUCACACGAAAACGCCACCGCACGGCCCGUCUUCAAAUUGAACAACAAUUAAAACAAAAAAUCCGAAACGCACAACAACAUUCUCCCACGUUUGUUAGUGGUAAACCAAACAAACGACAAAGUAGCAACCUGCAAUUUCAACUUUCUUCUUUUGUUUUGAAAAAAAAAAAGAAAAAAAAAGAAGAAGAAUGAAGAAGCACAAAGUCGAAUGGUUUCGUGAGUCCUCUGGUCGUCCCGUUUUCCCUUCCCCAGUCCUACCCCGCAUUCUUUUUUCUUUCUUUUUUUUUUUAAAUUAAAUUCAAACUUUUUAUUUUUUUUCAAUUUGAAUUUGAAAGAACAGUCAAAGUAAUUGUGUCGUCCUCGCUCCUUUUAUUCGAGGCUGGCAGCAUCAAAAAAAAAAAAAAGAAGAAGAAAGAAAACAAAACGUAUACCAAAUAAGAGCCUAACGGACCUCGUUCUCCUCUUUAUUCUAUCGCACUAUUUUCAAAUCUCUUUGAUGAGGCAAAGGCGAUCGUUUCGCCCCGCCUCGUAUUUGUACUCAGAUGACGCCCGUUGUUGCGCACAAGUUUUUCAAAGAAUCUUCAGCAGCAAAAAAAAAAGAAGAAGAAAUACUCUCGAGAGUGAUAUAACUAUUUGUAAAACAUGCGCACCUGUAUUUCUUCAUUGACUCACACCAAACUCCUACGUUGACUUGAAGAUAAUUAUUCAUUCUUUUUUUUUUUAAACAGGGAAGAUUUCUGAUAAGUUUUAGCACAAAAAGUACCGUCUCCAUUUUGGCUCAACGAUCUUUUAUUUUUCUGUUUCAUUUCGUCAUUCUGAUUGGUUCCCUUUGCAGAAAAUGACCUGCUCUUUUUUUUUUUAAAUUCAUUUCAAAAUCGUUUAAGCAGAAGAAACGCACUCAAAGACAGCGCAAUAUUUCAAAAUGAUUCAAAUGAAAUACUCAUCCCUCUGUUCCUCCUCCCCCCCGUUUUUAUUUUUUUUUUUUUUUUGUGCCUGUCUUUUUAUUUUUAAAUGAUUUUUUUUUUUGUCUUGCGUGUGUACCGCAGCUGGGUAUCACUCUUUACUUCAUCUUGCUGCUACUUUUAUUAUACUCAUCACUUCGGGCUGAUUUUCUAUUCAAAUCUUCUCGAUAUCCUUUUUUUUUUUUUUUUCAAUUUUUAUUAUUCGGGAUUUAAAAAAACAAACAAAAAAACAAAUGGGCCUCUAUUCAAACGAGGGGUCGAGCUUUGUUCAGAGCAGCAAAUUGUUUAUUGCAGUUUGAUUCCUCAAACCCCCUUAUUUUUUAAUUAUUAAAGAAAAGAAGUAUGGGAUUUUUUUUUUUUUAACUUAAAAAAUGUUUGAAAUUGUAGGCAUAGUUUAUAUUCAUUUUUUUUUUCUUCCGCCUCAUUUUAUGUAAGAAGAAGAAAAAAAAAAAAGGAGAACAACAAACAUAAAUUUUUUUUUUUUUUUGCGGAGGGGUUUCUAUAAUUUCCUUGAGUAAAUCGCUAGUCGGUAUCCCCUCUUCUUGUCUCUUAUUUCUUAUGAAAACAUAUUUCAUAUUCAUCUCUUUGAAAAAUCUUUCUCACACGUUCUCUCUAUCUCCUUUUUUUUCCUAAUUUUUUUUUUUUUUUUUUUGGAAUUACAAUAUUAUUUUGAUGUGUAUGUAUGCGUGUGUGUGUAUGUGUGUGGCUGUCUAUCAUAGUCCCCCACCCGAAUGCUCCUCCUCAACAGGCCAGUUUUUACCAAACAUUUCUUUCAUUUCUUUAAAUGUCCCCUAAUGUUUUUUUUUGUUUGUUUUUUUCCUAGUUUCAAAACAAUUGAUUUUCAGUCCUGAUUUUUUUAUAUGCAACUUGAAAAGAAUUGCCUCUUCCUAGUUUUUUUCUUUUGUGUGUUACCCCCAUCCUUUUAUUGUCUGCCCGACAAAAAGAAAACCAAACAAAAAGUCUUCUUAAGCAUAUGAUGAAAUUUACCCCUCAAUGUAUGACUGUUUCUUUUUUUUUUUUUUUCUGUAGGUGUGUAUGAACUUUGUGUAUCGUUUCGAUAAGAAGUUGAUUUAAAAGGCAGAAGAAAACAAAAUGUACGAGAUAAGAAAAAAAAAAAUCUAAACUCAA